CUUGGCAGGUGGCCACGCUGGAUCUCCGACACGCGCAGGACACUGCCUGUCAUUCCAGCCCAGCCCCAUGCCCACCCUCCCAAGAAUUGUGCAACAGGGCCUUUGUAACCUGAGGCCCAUGAAGUCUUUGAAGGAAUGUGACACAGAGCCAAGGGGCGUUGGUGCCACCAGGGCUGAGAAGGAGCUCUCCUGCUGUUUACGCUGCUAUCCCGUGGGAACCUCAGAAGGGGGAAGAGGGAUAACCAAUUGGCUGACAGAGUAACAAAUGAAAAGUAACCUGACUCUAUUGACCUGCUUAACCCCGCAAGGGGGAAGGAUGGAAAGGAGCAACUGUUUGCUUUAAAACAGUGGAACAGUUUUGCAGCCUUAGAAAAUGGCAUGUAACAUACCUAACCAAAGACAGCGGACUCUGUCAACAACAGGAGAAGCUCUAUAUGAAAUUCUCGGUCUGCAUAAGGGAGCAUCAAAUGAAGAAAUUAAGAAAACCUACAGAAAAUUGGCCCUGAAGCACCAUCCAGACAAGAAUCCAGAUGAUCCAGCUGCUACUGAGAAGUUUAAAGAAAUCAACAACGCCCACGCAAUACUUACCGACGUCUCAAAGAGAAGCAUAUACGACAAGUACGGAUCGCUGGGACUCUACGUGGCCGAGCAGUUUGGAGACGAAAAUGUUAACACCUAUUUCAUGCUGUCGAGCUGGUGGGCAAAGACCCUGUUUGUUAUCAUCGGCCUCUUGACAGGCUGCUAUUUUUGCUGCUGCCUGUGCUGCUGCUGCAACUGCUGCUGUGGACGUUGCCGGCCCAAGUCAUCGGUGCCAGAAGAGGACUUCUUUGUGUCCCCAGAGGAUCUGGAAGAGCAGAUCAAGUGCGACAUGGAAAAAGAUAUGGACUUUCCAGUUUUUCUCCAGCCUACAAACGCAAAUGAGAAAACACAGCUAAUCAAAGAAGGAUCUCGAAGUUAUUGCACGGACUCUUGAUACUGAGCCCACAGAGAGUCCAUAGUCCUUCCUCUCAGUUCAGUCUUGUCUCCAGAUGGUCGUGGGGGAGCGUGUGGGGCAUAAAGUGCUGUGAACUUUUCCAUCUUGGUAUUUUAUUUUUGGGUUAGGAAAACAUGCUUGCUAUAUAAUUUUCUCAGUAUGCAGACUUUCUCUCUGAGUAGAAUUUCUUAUGAAACACAUUCAAUUUGGGUGAAUAAAGGCCUGAAGAGUUAUUUUAUGCUCCUUGCCUGAUGUAGGACAGUGGAAUUAUACAGGCUUUAUGAACCUGCCCUUUAUGUGAGGCAGACCUGAUUCUUAACUGACUAAAGUAAUAUUCCAGAACAGAAGCCACUUUUCUUCAAUUUAACUAUACACAGUAUUCAUAGCUACCACAAACAUCAUCAUUCAAAUAUAUGAGAACUUACAGUUUUUGCGUGUGGAACCUCUUUCUAGUUAAUAUUUGAUAAAGUUAUAGAAAUGUUUAAAGAGGCAGAAAGGAAUGAUUAAGUUUUUUAAAAACAAAUCACAUUAUUUUAAGGUAUGUUUUUGGAACAUUAAAAAUUGGCAUUUACUAAAAAUUGGUAAGUAAAACCAUGAAGAGACAGGUUUUUUGUGUAUUUGUAGAAUGGCUUAAAAACAAAACAAAACUGCAACCCGGUUAAAUGUUGUAAAUUAUCCAGAAAAUCAUCCUGAGCCUGAAUCAGCCCCCAUCAUCAUGUUGAUCACUUUCUAAUAAAAUAAUUUUUGUAUAACUAGGUCAGGUUAGCCAGACUAAGGG